UUGCAUUUCCAUGUUGUGUGUACUGUGGAGGACCAGAUAUAGUGAAUGCAGGAACCCUGGGGAGAGCAGAUAUAGUGAAUGCAGGAACCCGAGUGGGAGAGCGGAUAUAGUGAAUGCAGGUUCCGGGGAGAGCGGAUGUAUGUGAAUGCGGGUCCGGGAGAGCGGAUGUAGUGAAUGCAGGGUCCGGGGAUGAGCGGAUGUAGUGAAUGCAGGGUCUCCGGGGAGAGCGGAUGUAGUGAAUGCAGGGUCCGGGUGAGAGCGGAUGUAGUGAAUGCAGGGUCCGGGGAGAGCGGAUGUAGUGAAUGCAGGUCCGGGGGGAGAGCGGAUGUAGUGAAUGCAGGGUCCGGGGGAGAGCGGAUGUAGUGAAUGCAGGGUCCGGGAUUUAGUAACUGAGUAUAUUGUAGGGAAGGGU